GCGUCAUUUCCUCCGUCGCCCCUCCCUUCACCAAGUCACCACCAGUAUGCACCUUCACCAAUGUCGGGCACUACCCGCGAACGAGCCUUCUAUGCUAUGGAAGUUCGGACUUCUCGCUUUUAUACUCGGCCUGGCAGCCUUUCUUCCACCCAUUCCGCAUCUUUUUUCUUGCCACACUGGCCUAUCCAUCAUUUCAAUAGUUUAACCCCCAUUUUAUCUCCACCAUGGUCGAAGCUUCUCGUCUCGUCGGCCUGCUCGAAGCAAUUGCCGCCCAGAUGGCUAAUGAUGAUAAGCUCGUCGACUACAGUGACUCACUUCCCACGCCAACCUCCGAAGUCGCAGAGGUCACAGCAUUCCCUUACUCUCUUCCGAGUUCCCUCCUCGAAGCUCUCUCCUACGCUGAUAAGAACGGCGUACCCGUGCCCCCGCUAAACCAACCACUGAGCGCCGAGUUCAAGCCCGGUCUCCGACGACUUCUCAAUCUCGUCCACACGCACAUCAUCCGCGACACUCCCUUCAGUAAUCCGCCCCCCAUUAUCGAACCCACGACUUCAGACCUAACCAACGCCCUCGACCUCGCGAUCCCCAGAAUGGCAGGCCGCUUCCCCGUCCUCAACACGUCCGACCUCCCCGAUGCUUCGCCACAAGAACAAGCCGCAACCGCAUCUCCCGCCCGCGGCCAUGCGAUGCUAAACUCCAUCUUCAAGUCGGUCCGCGUCCCCGAGUUCCGCCACAAAUGGAUGUUCUGGGCGGAAAAGGGGCAGCAAAGCGCGCCUAAAGACAACCCUGUGAAGGCAGAAGGCUAUGCUAUGCGCCCCAAGCCACUGGGCGAGCAGAUCAUCAGCGUGAAGGAAUUCUACCAGCACUUCAAUAAUAUCCCUGUGGAGAGCUUGAAGCUGCGCGAUUCGAUUCAUCUAUUCCACGUCGGUGUGAAGCCGGUGUGGGAGGACCCGCGGAACGUGAAGGGCGGCGCUUGGUACUUUAAGAUCGGGAAGGAUGUGGCCGAGCAGUUUUGGCACGAGAUGUGUUUGCUUGCUGUGGGGGAUGUGUUGCAGGGUGCUGUGGAGACGAAACGGAUUGCUUUCAACGACGAUAUCUGUGGCAUCACGUACUCGGUAAGAUGGAAUGCUGUGCAGGUUGCUGUGUGGACUAGGGAUGCGGAGAAUGAGGCGGGCAAGGCGAAGCUGCUUGCUGUUAUUUUGGACAAGUUGUCGCCUGAGCUGCAGCCGAAGAAGGAGGGUAGCUAUUGGUAUAAGGCGCACAAGGAGCAUGCGGGGUUUGUUGAGCCGGGUCAAGCGGCGCAGGGGCAGGCAGCGCAGUAGGGUGGGUUGAAGUGGGCAGGAAUAUGGAGAGGGUGUUGGAAAGGCCUCCAGGCUUAUACAUUAGAGGGGUUGGCGUUCUUGUUUCUACAACCAGCUUCAUCAUGAGGCAGCGCUCUGCUGAAUGACGAUAUGUUGAGAUUGAAAAAUCACAGCGUCUGAUAUCUCAUAAAGCUCCCGACUACACACACCCGAUAU